CUCCGAUGGUUUCUGUAUGACGAGCAAGGACACAAUAGAGUAGCUACAGAACAAGGAAUCUCCUCUGAGUUGGUAACGAAAUGUCAUCACGAGCUAGUUACCCGAAAUCCUUUUAUUGCUCAACUUCAACACUCCUUCAAUUCCAGGAUGACCCAAACUCUUACUGUGGAAUUGCGAGCUUCAUCAACUGGUGGUGAUAUUGCAGCACUUAUUCAUGGCAACAAUCUUCAUCAAGUCAAUCAUCGAAGCAUUCUCAUACACUAUAAUGGAAGCUUAACUCAACACAAAAUCGAUAUUCUUUCACCUUUUUAUGAGCCUUUGCAAUAUCCGAUAUUCUUUCCAGAAGGGACACUAGGCUGGUCACCAGAUGCUCCAAUGAGUCAAAUCCGAUGGUAUCGAGGACUUCUCACAACUGAGAAACGAUUUCUACAGUUUGGUCGUCUAACUCGCGAGUAUUUAGUGGAUAUGUAUUCUCAUGUUGAAGAUGAGCGACUAUCCUAUAUUCGACGAGCUUUACAACAGCAAAUGAAUCAAGGUCAAGAAUUUCGACAACAAGAUUCUCAAAACCAGCAUCGACAUAACCAUCUGGAAUCAUAUUCAAAUCGAGGAAUUGUACUUCCUGCAUCUUUUCUAGGGUCUUGAGCUUGGGCUGCCUCAGAAGUAGCAGAUUCAUUAGCACUUUGUCGCUCAAAAGGAAAACCAUCCUUUUUUAUUACAAUUACAACAAAUCCAAAUUGGCCUGAGAUUCAGCAAAAGCUUGCUCCUGGGCAAACUGCCUCAGAUAUACCAGUUAUUGUUUGUCGUGUUUUUAAAGCACGAUUAGAAAUGGCUAUUAAAGCUAUACGAAAACAUCUCGGCAAGAUUGUAUACCUUAUUUGAGUGGUUGAAUUUCAAAAACGAGGUCUUCCUCAUGCCCAUCUUGUAGUUAAGGUAUGUAAAUUUCAGAUUUUUAACCUGUCAAAGUCUACUAUUCUGCAUUCGAAUUUAAGUUUCCCAUAUAUAAAGUCUGUCAGUAAUUAAUAGUUAUUUUCUCCAUUUAGACACAUCCAGAACUGCCCUUCGAAAAAGUGGAUCAACUGAUAUCUGCACAAACGCCUGACCCGAAUACCGACCGAGAAUUACAUCACAUUAUUACUCGAUUUAACUGCCAUCCGACAAUGCACCUCUCGAUAUCCUAUAGCCGAUGUAAUCGCAAUGGAUCUUGUGUAUGGGGGUUUUCUAAAAACCUACAACCUUCAACAACUUUAAACAACCAUGGCCGAGUAUGCUAUAAGCAUAUUAAGGAGGAGGAUCGCUAUGUUGUAUCAUAUAUGCCUUUUCUUAGCAGAUUGCUUGAAUGAUAUGUAAAUGUUGAUAUUUGUUUUACUGUCAAUGUUUUUAUGUAUUUGUAUAAGUAUCUUUUUAAAGGGCCUGAUCGGACACUUUUCAACAUUAUGUCAGAUGAAUUUCAUGAUGAAAUUGCUGACUAUAUUGAUGCCCGAUAUCUCUCAGCUUCUGAAGCAGCCUGGCGAAUUCUCGAACACAACAUCUCAAGAAAGGAACCCUCAGUCAAAGUAUUAUCUAUUCAUCUUCCUAACCAGCAUCUCUCUCAAAUGGAUCGGGCGAAUAAUAGUCAAUCGGCAGCUACAACACUUCUUUGCUACUUCACCAGACCCCGAAUCCUAAGUCUCAAAACCCUUCUCUAUACCGAGUAUUAUGAAAGAUACUGUCUAUAUCCAAUGGCCUCAAACACGACACAAAAUUCAGCAAGUCUGCGUCCUGAUGAUCUCUUAGAGAUACCAGAUCAGCAAUUUCCACAGUAAAUCAUUCGGGUACGAUCACGUGGUGAGGUUGUUGCCCGAAUUCGUACUGUUCCUCCACGAACUGGUGAAUUGUUCUACCUUCGUGCUUUGCUCUUACACAAACCCGCUAUCAGUUUUGAAGACCUCCGAUCUGUGGGAAAUACGAUCUAUACCACAUUCCAAGAAGCUGCUUCUGCUUUAGGCCUAUUCCAAAAUUCAAACGAGGCGCAACUAGUUUUGGCUGAAGCUAGCGAUAAUUUCGCCUCCCCC